AGCUGACACCAUGGCUCACAGUUAGAGUUUCUGAGAGUGAACUCCUUGGAAAACCACCAGGUUCAUAUUUCGUGACAGUUCGUCAACCCAAUGUUCAGAGAAACCCAGGUGAAGCGGCUUUUGCUCCUUGCUGUGCUUUCAGUCUCCAGAGGCUUGUCAGACGCUGGAUGUGACGCGAUCAUGGGCAGCAGUGGGCAGACAUACAGGUGGGCCUUGCAAAAUCCCCAACUGGUCGCUCCAGUUCUCCUGAAGUAUGAUUUCUUGGAGUACAAAAGCCCUUUGAUGUCAACUUUGACUGAUAAUGCACUCGUCAUCCAAGCUCCAGCCGACAUCACCGCCAAUUUCGUGUUGACAUCCCCGGAUUCGAAUACGACCGCGGAGCAGAAAUAUCGCUUGCAGAGCAUCCAACUGCGCAAGCCUGCUUUGGUUGCAGAAGGGACGAAGCAGGAGCUGAGUCAUGAGCUGGAGGUUGUUCUUGUCCACCGGGAGGGGACGGGCUCGCGCUUUGCCAACGUUAUUGUGCCCAUAGAGGUCAGUGCUGAGCCGUCCUUGGAUCUUUUGGCACCUUUAUUAGACCAAGCAGAACUCCCAAGUGAGGUUGGGGAACUACAGCCUGUUCUUGUAAGCAUGCUUCCCCUCAAGCUUGCCAACGUCUUCGCCAACGUCUCGUUCCAGCAUUUCUGGGCAGAAGUGAAGACCUCGUGCAACGGCGGUUCAGCUGGGGCACGAAUCUUUAUGAGGAACCAAACCAUUGCCACUUCGAAGUCACGGCUGCAGCGGGUCCUCAACAUGCUGCAAUAUGCUCCAGAGCAAUUGCCCACCCUGCCUCCAACACAGACAUGGUUGGUCCAGCCGUGCCCAAGAGGAGGUUCCUGUGCAUUUCCGACUCCGACCAACUUGACCCCACAGCUUUUGGAGGCACAGGCAGCCUUGGCAAAUGACUCCACAAAGUUGCAAACUGCCAAGCAGGCGAUGGACGAGUCCUUGCUGGCGCUGACGGGGAAUGGCACUGAAAUUGCCAACGAUGUGUACACAACGGCCGUGCGAAGCAGAGACCAUCUCCGCAAUGCACAGGCUGCUGUGGAUGGUGCCUCUCGAACAGUCGAAACUUUACAAGCACAGAUUGACAGCGCAGCCUCAGCUGUUUGGGAUUCAGAUGCACCUCCAGUUGGUUCUGGGGACAGCAGGACCACCACAAGCACAAGCACAACCACCGCAAUUUCACCCGCAGUCUCAGCCAAACCAUCCAUGUUGGCAACCGGCAUAAGCGUGCAUGACUGCAGCAUGCAAGCUGCAUCACCCGUGGAGGUGGACCUCGCAAAGACCGAACAUGUUGAUGCAGGUUCUGGUGAAAGUUCUGAAGCACUCCUGUUUUGGCGGCUGUCGGCGACACCCGGCUUGCCUCCAGCAGAAGCAGCAGCGGCGGAGAGUGCUGCUGUAGCGCCAGAGCUUCAUGUAGCGAAUUUGGGUGACAGACUUCGCAUUACACCUGUGGACCAAAAACCCUUAAUGGUCUUGCUGGUGCAUGGCCUGGAGUUGCCCAUUUCCUUCGUUGAAGUGAGUGUGCCUGGUCAACAUGCCUUGGCCGGAAAGAGGUCUGCGGCUGAGAUUCAGCUGGUUCACAUGCCUUCCGAUGCUUCCAAAGCUGUGGCUGUGGCUAUGCAGAUGGACACAAGUCAGGAUGAAAAUGCUUGGUUUCAACACCUGGGAGACUCCCUGCCACGAGCAGGAAUGACAAAAGAAGUGCAAGGAGCGGAUCCUAUGAUGAUGCAUCCGGCAUUUGGACGUGGAGUUGCUGGCCAUUUCUUCAGAUACGAUGGCAGACUCCUUCAAGACUCCUCCUGCGCUCGCAUUAGGUGGCAUGUCUUGGAGGAGCGGGGCCACCUCAGCAGCAGCCAGCUGCAAGCUUUGCGACAGGUGCUGCGGCCUCCUGGCUCUGCUUUUGAGACGGAUCCCAGUGCUUUGUCUCCGAUGUUGCUGCGUGGCCAGAGCAGAGUGUCGCUCGCAACAUUGCAUACGGGCACCCAAGCGGUUCUUGCUCAGGUGGCCUCAGAUGCGGCUUCUGAUUUUUGUCCUUAAGCAUGUCUCAGAAUCUUAUUUUGGCUGCUGUGUGAAGGGCCGGAGGGAUUCAUCAAAAGCUUUGCGCCGAGGAGGCUUCAUCGCCGAGCCCGGUUUUGCUAUCGAUGCCACGCUUGCGUUCCAACGGGGUGAAGCUGCCAAUUUAGAUUCCAAUAUGCGCAGGGGAUUAGCAGAGUUGUAGAGACUGAGAGCUUGCCGCGCUUCCAGAUGCUGAUAUAAAGGCCUUAGCGGUCCUGAGCCAUCAAGUAGGAAGGACAUGG